AUGGCGUAUGAUAUUGUGGAGAAUAAGGGAAACAUACUAUCUUGGGAAGGCGAAACUUCCGGGCCUACCGAGCUGGAACUUGACCUUUUCGCCGCGACCUAUCCUCUGUUUGAUGAAUUCCACGAGCUCGAACGCCUCGGAUACCAGACCUCCGGGCAACCAAACACCUCCACAACCUCGCAGAGAAAUUGCAGCCAGAUAUUUGAUAAUCAAUAUCCAAAUUCAGUAUCUACUGGUUCUCGACCGUCGUUUGAUAGCUCGACCUCUCGGCCGGAAAGCGCCAUUUACCCCCCUCUCUCGCCUGAGAACUCUGUUGGCUCUAGUUCCCCAGUUGACUUCCAUGUGCUCUAUGGCUCUGACUCGCUUGUACGUUCUGUACCCGAGGCCGUGAACUUGGCAUCCGAAGAUGAGACAGACGAUGACAGUGUCUCAUCCGAAGAACCCUACGCAAGACUGAUUUGGAGAGCACUCAUGUCUGCCCCUGGUCAUAAGAUGGUUUUGAAGGAGAUAUACGAGUGGUUUGAAAAGAAUACUAGUAAAGCCAAAAAUUCUGAUUCUAAAGGAUGGCAGAAUAGCAUUCGGCAUAACCUGUCUAUGAAUGCGGCAUUCGAAGGCGUCAAAGAAGUUUUAUCACCUGGGGCGCAAACCCGGAAAUCUGGUAACGCUUGGGUCCUCACUGAACGUGCUAUCAGGCAUGGAGUACAGUCCACAACCCGUUACCGCAAGCCAGGAGUCCACAAGAAAUCCCAAAAAUCGGAUCAUCCAGCCCCCCAGAGGCAAAAAUCAGGAGCUAGGGGAGGUCGUGCCGCCAAAAAAGCCGCCAAAUACAGACGAGCCAUUCAAGAGUCUCAAAGACUUGACCGAAACUCUCAAAAUGCGCCUCUUUCUGAUAUACCCUUCAAUCAACACGACAUACUCGCUCAAACGGCGAGCUGCGUUGAGUAUGGGCCUGCAGAACCAGUGAAUGACUACGUGUUGAGCGACUACGGGCUUGAAAACCUCUUGGGUUGUAAUGAGCUCAUACCACGAUCACCGUUAUUUUACCCCGACUUGGAUCUGGAUGAGAACCAACAACCCUCUGGGACUACUGUCUUAGGAGGCCAGCCGAUCGGUCGAGAUUUUAAUUCCCUACUGCAGUAA